UCGAAUGUUAAAAAAAAAAAAGUCUGAAACAAAGUUUUAGCAAAUGUUAUUGAUGUCUAAAAGUGACUGUCUGUUAUACUCGCACAACUGAAUUGCAUGAGCACACAGGAGAAUAGUGCGCAAAUAAGCACACAUAUAUGGCAAAUCUGGAGAGAUGCUGAGCCUUGUGAUGUGCACACACUGCCAUCUUGGUCUAGUAUUAGAAUAAACUAUGGGCAAGAAAAAAAGGAAUAAAAAAAAUGCCAAUGGAUGUUCUGGUGACAGAACAACUCUGGAUGAAGCUUCAGAAAUCCACAAGGACCUUUUCAAGUUCUCCAGUCGAGGUUUCCACAGGGAGCCUCUGUUCGAACAAGAACACAGUCAGGAGGAACUACAAGAAAUGUUGGAUACCAAACCUCAUGAAUACGUACGCUGUAAACUCAAAAUGGAGAGACACGAUCUGGCAUAUGCAAAACCUCUCAAUGAUCUGACUUCUACCAUUUGCAUCAGUGGAAGGGAUGAUGUGGGCAGAUCCUUUCCUGGUGAUGAGGUUUGUGUUCAGAUCUUGAGCAGAACAUGUCAGCCUAAUCGAGGUGAAUUAGUGAAAGGGAAAGUAGUAGGAUUGCUGGAUAGAUCUGAAAACAGCUGCACCAUCAUCUGCAGGAUGGAGGGACAUAAACAACUAGCUACGCCGGUCAAGAAAAACAUGACCAGGAUAUGUAUCCUGAAAAAACAACAGGACAAAAUAGAAAUACGGAAGAUCAGUCCAAAAGAUGGACACUAUGUCUCUGAGGGUUCUGUAGACAUGGCAGAGGAUCAGCUUUUAGUGGUCAAGGUGCUGAAAUGGGAAAAGACUCAUCAGUAUCCUCUUGGAGCGGUUACAAAAGUUAUCUCACAUGAAGAGUACUGUAAUGAGCUUCUGGAACUAGAAUAUGGCAUUAAAGACUCUCCUCCUCCUUUUAAAGAAAAUAGUGACCAAGAGGGAAAUGAGGAAAGAAACCUAACAUUCACCAUAGACCCUAGUGAUGCUCAUGACUUGGAUGAUGCCUUCAGUCUGAGUGACCAUGGAGAACAAUAUAUGAUUGCUAUUCACAUCACUGAUGUAGCUAGUGUCAUUAGAAAAGGCAGUAAGGAGGAUACAUUUGCCAAAGAGCAAGGUAGGACAUUUUACCCUCCCCCUGACUUGCAAGGGACACCAGCUUUCAUGCUUUCCAGGGAAUCAAGCAAUAAAUGCCUGAGCUUACUCCCACAUCAAAUCCGAAAGACCAUAUCCUUGAAAAUAAUGAUUAACAAAGCCACCAAUAUUAUAGAGUCCAGUGAUUUUACUCGUUCUGUUAUCAAAUCUAACAGACGGCUAUCGUACGAAGAAGCAGACAAGAUAAUACAAGAGUUCUGUCCUGAUGAUAGCCAGGCACCUCUACGCUUUUCCAGUGUAGAAGACUGUAUUGCUGUGGCCUACUGCUUUACCAAGGAACUUAGAAACUUCAGGUUGGAAGGAACCUGGAGCAGUGGCCAAAGAAAUGGACGUAGUAGAGCCCACUGCAUGGUAGAAGAGCUAAUGAUUUUCUAUAACAAUGCAGUGGCUGAAAAACUUAUUUCCAAAGACCUAACAAGAGAUCUCACCCCACUGAGGUGCCACUUCAAGCCAGAUCCUGAACUGCUUGAGUCAUUUAAAAAGAAUUACUCUUCCCUACUGCCCCUGUCUCCACAUCUCUCACAAAUAUGUGAAGUUCCAGAGGCAAAUGUUGAAGGAGCCAAAGAGUUCAUUCACGUCUUAAGACCUGUGUUCGAGCAUAUGGAAAGCUUGGCACAGAAAAGAGACUACCACAAGCUGGUUCAUCUUAUUAUAAAAGAUGAAAUCCAUCCUACAUUAUGUCACAUGGCCAAGGAAUUCAAGGAAAUUCAAAACAAAGCUGUCAUCCUGAGAUCAUGCUCUAACUUGUCCUCAAGAUUAGGACAUUAUGACCUGCAACUCAAUACAUACACAUGGGCCUCAUCGCCUAUGAGACGCUAUCUGGACCUGGUUCUUCAGAGGCUUCUCCAUAGUGUGCUCUCAGAAAAAAAACAAGUAGACUUGGAUUACACAAAAAAAGAAAUUGAUCAUUUUUGUGACAAAUGUGACUCUACAGAGGACUUUGAUUUGGAGUCAUUAAGAUUCAUCAAUGCAACUAAAUCUAGUUCUAGAGAUGUGACCAAACUAGCAGUAGUGGACAAGCUUUCAGAGCAUGAAUUUAUGAUCUCGGUUCCACUUGACAUAUUAUCAGGGCUGAAGAUCAAGUACAGAAACCUCAAAGUGGUAGAGCAGCCAGCACUUAACCUUGAAGCCCAAUCCUGCACUCUUACCUGGAAGAGAAGAGUGUAUUCAUUUAUUGAGUCCAAGCCACAGCUACAGCCUAAAGAGUCAAAGAACAAAAACGUAAUCCGGAUCUCGGGUAGGAAUUGGCUCAAAAUCAUAUCUACAGUUAAAAGUGAAGACUGGGGUAAGGUCACCGAGUGCCUUCAAAAUGUAAAAGAAGCUGAAAAUAGUAUAAAACAUGAAAAACAGCCAGAAGAUUCCUUAAAACAUUUUAAAGUGUGGACGAUGAAACUCAAGUCUGAAGAUGUGCGUCAAGUGCAGCUUGGCACAGAGGUUGUCAACGGGGCAAUACUGCCUGCAGUAAACCUCCUCACUGUUAGUAGUUCCUUUGAAGUUUGUUUGGAGCAUGCAAGGAACCCAAUCAAGUGUUUCACCCCCAUAGAUGGCACAAUAUGUCGUUCAUCAAAAACAAAGUACAAGGAUUAUAAGGAGUACCAGGAGAUUUGGGGAAAACUGUGUCAAAUGGACACCGCUUACAAUGCUGUAGAAGAAAAUAACAGUGUGAUUCUUGAAGAUGUGAGCAUAAAAUGGACAGGAACCACAGAGACAUCUCUGGAAGGUUACUUUAAGAUGACACAACAACAGACGAAAGACUGGUCUCUGGAAUUUGAUCUAACAAACUGUUACCUCUGUGUCAGACUCAGGGAUCAAUAUGCUAAAAAAGAGGAAAAGACAGAAACAACACAGUGCAAUGACUCUAAUCUCUCUGACUUGCAGAACACACUGCCCUCCACAUGGGUCGCACAUGGUGUAACCAUCAAAUCCCAAGCGCAAAAACAGGGAAAUAUGAAGACACAUAAAAAAUUACCCCAAAUCCAAAUACAUUUUCAAAUAAACCCCAGAAAUAUGCUGAAUAUCCCAUGUACACUUCAAGAGAAAGACACAAAGUUCACUGUCGAAGUAAUUCCAAAGAAAAUCCCAUACGUGCAAUAUGAACAUGCUGUAGAAAACAUUAAAAAAGCCAAUAAGCUGGUGAAGGCCAUCGCAAUGGGGACUGUUUUCAGUGCUUACAAUACACCUAAAGAGCCUGAGCCAGUGUAUGACAACAUGGAUCACAACCUGGACCUGCCACCUUUGAAUGAAAGUCAGAAGAGGGCUGUAGAGAAGGCACUAAAAAAUCCCUUUACUGUGAUCCAAGGACCACCAGGUACUGGGAAAACUGUAGUUGGGGUUCAUAUCACAUAUCAGUUCUACAAGAAGAACAAACGUCAUGAAGCACAAGCUUCCAACAAGUCAACAAAACUGGGAGAAGAUGCAUCUCUAGAUAAGAAAAUACCCAAGCGGCGUGGCAUCCUGUAUUGCGGUCCCUCCAAUAAGUCUGUGGAUAUUGUGGCAGAGCAGCUGUUGAAGCUAAAAGGAAUCCUUAAGCCUCUUCGGAUCUACUGUGAUCAGAUGGAAAUGCGAGAUUACCCGUAUCCUGGAAGUGACCUAAAGCUUUGCCUUAGAUCCCUCCGUGAUGAGAAGCCAAAGGAAGCACUCAGACUCAUCUCUUUAAUGCACUUGGUGAGACAACCUGACAACCCACACUCAGCUGAGAUAAAAGAUCUUGAAAAUGGCACGCAGGAGUUUAACACUGAAAGUUACAAGAAAGUGUUGAAGGAGGCUCGGAAGCAUGAACUUCUGAAGCAUGAUGUGAUCCUGUGCACCUGCUCGACUGCUCUAAAGCCCAUCCUGAUGGAGACCAUAGACUUCCGACAGAUCCUGAUUGAUGAGUGUGCCAUGGCCACAGAACCUGAAGCCUUCAUUCCUUUAGUCUCACAUAAACCUGAGCAGAUCGUGCUUUUAGGCGAUCACAAACAGAUUCGGCCAAUCGUGACAUGUGCCCGUGUGAAGGAGCUUGGCAUGGAGAAGUCCCUCUUUGAGCGAUAUAUGGACAGGGCAUUGAUGCUGGAUACACAGUACAGAAUGCAUGAGCAUAUCUGUGAGUUCCCUUCAAAUGAGUUUUACAGAGGGAAACUGAGGACUGGACCCAAGCGAAGAACCUGCCUUUUGCUCGACAGAAACGACACCCCGACUGCCAUCCUAUUCGGUCACGUUGAAGGACAGGAGAUCAGUUUAGUCGUUUCCACAGCAGCUGGAAAUGAACGUUCAGCCGCCAACGAACAGGAGGCGGAGCAAGCGGUCCGGGUUGCAAACCUGUUAGUCCGUCAGUCUCGAGUGAAACCAGAGGACAUCGCUAUUCUCACCCCCUACAAUGCACAGAUGUGUAAAAUCAAGGAGAUGUUGGGGCAGAAGAAAAACCAGGCUCUUCAGGGUGUCAGCAUUUGUACAAUCAUGAAAAGCCAAGGAAGCGAGUGGCGUUAUGUGAUACUCUCUACAGUUCGAUCGUGUCCACUUUCUGAGAUAGAAAAAGAGUCGUACAUCAGUAAAGGAUGGCUGGGGAAGAAACUGGGCUUCAUCACCGACCCAAACCAGGUCAAUGUGGCCAUCACGCGCGCUCAGGACGGACUCUGCAUUCUGGGUAAUCGUGACUUGUUGAACUGCAGUGGACUGUGGAGCAAACUGCUGUCUCACUACCAGAGAAGAGACUGUCUGCUGGACUCGGCUGAAGACAUUAAGGUCCACAGACACUUCAAGUGAGCUCUUGUACUGUGGGUCGCAAAGUCUCAAGCCGAUUUAGAUGAAAUGCUAAAUGUUUACAUAAGAAGCAGUGCUUCCUAACAGUCUGUAAAGUGUACUAAUAAAUUGUAAUAUUUAAAAUCUGUUAAGACCAAUUCUUUGUCCAAUUAAAUAAAUAACUGCAUCAAUCUG